AUGACAGGACAUGGAGGCAUGCAGGCAGACAUGGUACUGGAGAAGGUGCUGAAUGUAGAGGAGGAGCUGUAUCUUGAUCCCAAAGGGAGUACUGGAAAGGCAUCAACCCCAGCCUCUCCCACUGUGCAGGAGCAACAGAUGAACACAUUGGAUAAACUGACCCAUGAACUCCAGAUGAUGACCAAUGAAAGGAAUGAACUCCAAGGAAUCCUGACCAUUUAUACUGACAAGGAUUUGAACAACAGGCUGAAUUUUGAACUGGAGAUGCUGAAUAUGGAGCAUAAAAAAGUGAUGUUGGACCUGAAGAAAUUCCCCAAGGAGAUUAGUGAGGCCUUGCAGAAGUGCAGGGAGCUUACUGAGGAAACUGUCUCCUGCAGGGGACUUCUUAAUGAGUGGACUCAGCUGAAGGAAAAAGUAAGUGUGCUGAGAGAAGAAAACAGAAAACUGCGAAGGGAGCAGAUUUCACUACAAGUGUCCAGUGAGGAGAUAAAAAUGCUCUGUGGGGAGGCUCAUGAGAAGAUCUAUGAACUCUUGGCUAAGGAGGAGCUGGUCAGCUGA